AUGGCUGCUGCCGCGGAGGCUGGCGUCGCCGGUAGCAGCAAACCUGGAAGUAGCAGCGUUGCGGAACCCCCGAAUCUCGCCGGAAAAACCGGGCGGUCGGAGCGCGAUCGCGAUCGCGUGUACGACAUUCCCUGGGUGGAGAAGUACCGGCCACAGCGAGUGGAGGACAUAGUGGGCAAUGAAGACGCGGGCCCUCCUGGGACAGGGAAAACCACUAGCGUCCUGGCCUUAGCACAUGCACUGCUGGGUCCCAGCUACCGCGAUGCAGUGUUGGAGCUGAACGCGUCUGACGAUCGGGGCAUCGAUGUGGUUCGCAACAAGAUCAAGAUGUUCGCCCAGAAGAAAGUCACCCUGCCGCCCGGGCGGCACAAGAUCAUCCUAUUGGACGAGGCGGACAGCAUGACAGCAGGGGCGCAGCAGGCGUUGAGAAGAACAAUGGAAAUCUACUCCUCUACCACCAGAUUCGCCCUGGCAUGCAACGUGUCUUCCAAGAUCAUCGAACCCAUUCAGAGCCGCUGCGCCGUCGUGCGAUUCUCCCGGUUGACUGAUGCUCAAGUGCUGGCGAGGCUCAUGCUGGUGGUUCAAGAGGAAAAGGUGGCGUACGUUCCAGAGGGGUUGGAAGCGAUUGUGUUCACAGCAGAUGGGGACAUGAGGCAGGGACUGAACAACCUGCAGGCCACUGCCACUGGCUUCGGUCUGGUGAACGCUGAUAAUGUCUUCAGGGUGUGCGACCAGCCGCACCCACUGAAGGUGGCAGCAACAGUCAAAGCCAGUCUAUCGGGUAACAUUGACACUGCAUGCGAGGGCAUUCGGGACCUCUUUGCUCUGGGCUACGCUGCGUCUGACAUCAUCACGACUCUCUUCAGAAUAGUCAAGAACUACGACAUGCCCGAGUUCUUAAAACUUGAGUUCAUCAGGGCGCCUCAAAAAGUGGAGGCUUUCCUUUGCCGGUCUCUGGGCUAUGGUGCUUCUGACAUCAAGUCAAAAGCAGCUGAUGCUCCUGCGGCUCCGGCCAACGCGACCGCUUCUGCUAAGGCGGCUGCCGCGCCUGCUAACGCGACUAAAUCUGGAAAUGCUACAAAAGUCGCUAACAGCGCGCAUGGAGUGGCUACGGCGAGGCUGAGCAAGGGCGCGGGCGAAGGAAAGAACUCCACAUGCGCCUACUACGGAAACUACAACGCCAACCCUUACUUCGGCAAGGGACUCACCGCGAAGAUUCCUGACGCGCUCUUCAGCAAGCGAUGCGGCGCGUGCUUCAAGGUGAUCUGCAGCAACGACACGAAGCGCUGCCGCAGCGGCAAGGCCACCGUCACCGUCCGCGUCGUCGGCGCCACCAAGACGGAGGGGAAGCAGAUUUCGCUCUCCGCCGUCUCAUGGGCGAAAAUCGUGCAGGGUUCGGAAACUGCCCCUGUGAACAUCACGUACAAGCGCACCAACUGCGUUUCCACCGCCGGAUCGGCGGUGCGCGUGCGCAGCAACUCCACCGCGGAGCAUUUUAACAUUCAGAUGGUCGGCCUUGCCGGGCCCGGCACGCUUACCGAGGUAGAGCUUAGCGCGGACGGCAAAAAGUGGGUGAAGCUGACCCGCGACGGAAACAAGGCGAUUUGGGGGAUCAAGGGCAAGGAGGCGAAGGCGGUUGUGGGCGCGAAGAAGGCUAUGAGCGUUCGCCUCACUGCGGGACACACCAGGGAGAAGAUCACCCUCGCGAAUGUCAUUCCCACCGCCUGGAAGCCUCAAACGCUCUACUCGUCCAAGACCAACUUCAAGAAACUCAUGGCUGAGGCCAAGUAG